CAAGAAACAUUAGAUUUCUGAGAGAGAGAGAGAGAGAGAGACCUUACUUUUCAGACUCUGACAGGUGUAGUGAUGAAGUAAGACUGAAUACAGAGUCAUAGGGGAUAACGGCCAUUUUGUUGGUUCAGAUAUCCACCCUCAAGCUCAAGUCGUUCUUAUUUGUCUAUCCACCGAAAAUAAUAAUAAUAAUAAUAAUAAAAGUCUUUCUUAUUUGUAUGUGAGAGAGACAGGGAGACAGAGACAGAGAGGGAAAACAGAGGAAAUAUAUGGCUAUACUGUGCUCUGCCAGUCUCACCACUCCAAGAGGAACAAGAACCUUGUUUCUUCAUGGUACCACUCCACCGCUCAACUCUCUCCAACCCCAUUUGCUUCCUUUCUCUAACAACCCCAGACCCACCGUCCUCCCCAUAUCUGCUUCUUUCUCUUCUUUUUCUCCAUUGUCAGUGUAUUCUCCAUUAUCUGGCUCCGAUUUGGGUCUCACAGACUGGACAUUGGAGUCAUGGAAAUCCAAGAAGGCACAUCAGCUCCCGGAGUAUCCGGACCCAGAAGAGCUCCGGGAUGUGCUGGACACCCUUCAGAGAUUUCCACCUAUCGUCUUCGCAGGUGAAGCCCGGAGGCUUGAGGAAUGGCUUGGCAAGGCUGCCAAGGGAGAGGCUUUUCUGCUCCAAGGCGGGGAUUGCGCUGAGAGCUUUAAGGAGUUUAAUGCCGAUAACAUCAGGGACACCUUCAGAGUCUUCUUGCAGAUGGCCAUUACUCUGAUUUAUGGUGCCCAAAUGCCUGUCAUCAAGGUAGGAAGAAUGGCAGGUCAAUUUGCGAAACCUAGAUCUCAACCAUUUGAGGUUAGAGAUGGUGUGAGUCUUCCUAGUUAUCGGGGAGACAAUAUUAACAGUGAUGCUUUUGAUGAGAAAUCUAGAACACCUGAUCCUCAACGGUUGAAGAGAGCAUACCUCCAAUCUGUUGGCACACUUAAUCUCCUUAGAGCAUUUGCCACUGGUGGAUAUGCUGCCAUGCAACGAGUGUCACAGUGGAAUCUUGACUUUGUGAAGCAUAGUGAGCAAGGAGACAGGUACAUGGAACUUGCACAAAGAGUUGAUGAAGCUAUUGGAUUUCUUGAAGCAGCUGGUGUCACUAGCAACAAUCCAAUAAUGAAUGCUAUUGAGUUUUGGAUAUCUCAUGAGUGCCUUCAUUUGCCAUAUGAGCAAGCUUUGACUAGGGAGGACUCAACAACUGGCCAUUAUUAUGAUUGUUCUGCGCACAUGCUUUGGGUGGGUGAGAGGACUCGGCAGUUGGAUGGAGCUCAUGUUGAAUUUCUUCGUGGUGUAGCCAAUCCUCUUGGCAUUAAGGUGAGUGAUAAGAUGGACCCAAGGGAGCUUGUAAAAUUGUGUGAAAUUCUUAAUCCCAACAACAGACCUGGGAGAUUGACAGUAAUUACCCGAAUGGGGGCAGAAAAUAUGAGGAUAAAGCUCCCUCAUUUAAUCAGAGCUGUAAGACAGGCUGGGUUAAUUGUAACGUGGGUAUGUGAUCCCAUGCAUGGGAACACAAUAACAGCUCCAUCGGGACUCAAGACACGGCCUUUUGAUGCGAUUAGGGCUGAGUUGAGGGCAUUCUUUGAUGUCCAUGACCAAGAAGGAAGCUAUCCAGGAGGAGUUCAUUUGGAAAUGACCGGGCAGAAUGUGACAGAAUGUGUAGGAGGGUCAAAGACUGUUACUUUCGAUGAUUUGAACUCUCGUUAUCACACACAUUGUGACCCCAGGUUGAAUGCAUCACAGUCACUAGAGCUUGCCUUUCUGAUAGCAGAUAGGUUGAGGAAAGACAGGUUAAAGAAGUCUGGUGCUGACUUUCAGAUUUACAGUGGUUCUGCAGCGUAGGCUUUGAGGUCAUUAUUAUUGUUUUCUUUUUCUUUUUCCUGAAUUUUGGGACUGCUGAGGAAUUUUUUUGGAAAAAAACAAAGACAAGUUAAUGAAAUUCUUUAUUCUGA